GCACAAAAAGCUCCAGCAAAACAAAAACAAAUUGAAGCUAAAUUAUAUCAUUGUGGCUCAAAAUGAACAGUCAAAGCCCAAUGUUAACGAGUAACGACUCACGCUGCGUAUUUUUUAAUACAGAUUCAGAGGACUAUCGAUGCGUGGUGAUUUUAACAGUAAAACGAGCCACAGGAACCUUCUCCUUAGUAGGAUGCCUUUUCAUGCUGUUUGUGAUCUGGCUGCUUCGAAGGUAUCACUCUUUGGCUCAGAAGAUGAUUCUCAGCCUGACUGUAGCUGCCUUCUUCGAUAGCGUAGCAUAUGUCAUGGGUGAUUCCCAUCGCAAGGGAUCUCUUUGUGUCUUCCAGGCUUGCUGGCUAACUUAUUUUGACUGGAGUGCUUUGGCCUGGGUUUGCCUAAUCACAGUGAACCUGUACCUCAACCUGGUGCGAGAAAUAAGCACCAACAGAUAUGAGAAGUUGUACCAUCUGAUGGCGUGGGGGGUUCCUCUGGUCAUGGCCUCUCUGCCACUGCUAAAGGGUUACUACGGCCCCGCAGGAGCCUGGUGCUGGAUCACAGACGAUCACGUAGCCUGGAGAUUUGGGAUAUGGUACGUGCCUCUGUUCAGCCUCAUCUUCCUAAUGAUCUGCUGCUACGCCAGGAUCAUCUGCGUGGCCAAUGCGAGGAUGCAGUCAUGGUUGGGAACCUUCAACCCAGAGAGGGAGAGACGAAAGGUUUCCUUGGCUGAGGAGAUCAAGCCAUUGAAGUGGUACCCCUCCGUUUACCUCCUGGUGUCCAUCUUCCCCCUCAUCAACAGGCUCCAUAAUGCCUUCUACCCAAAGGAUCCAUCCUUCUCACUCACGCUGUUGCACGUCCUGUCAGCACCACUCCACGGCUUGGCCAAUGCCUUUGUCUUUGGCUUGGAUAGGGACUGGUGGAGCCUACUGAGCCCCACUGGCAUGCAGCUGGCUCUGCAGUCGCGGCUGUGUGACAAGACUCGGAUUGGAGAGUACCACCCCGGGGCGGUGCGCUACACACAGGCUGACCUGGUCGACCUCAGCGAUGACGACGAGGAUGACACCAACGUGCUCUUCUACUCUCCUGACAUGACCCUGAAAGACCGAGGGCCCUGAGAGAGGGAGGGACAGAGAGAGGGAGAGACAAAAGAGCUGGAGGGAAGGAGCACGAAGGAGGGUCACAGCCAGAGAGAGACGCAGCGGAUUAGAAACUGAGAGGCAGGAACAAGAGGUAGGGAGGGAAUGGAAGGGAAGAUUGGGGGGACAGUCAGGCAGAUAGAAGGCGGAGAUGAGCUGUCAGGUUCCAUUAUUAAUCCCCAUCCUUUACUAUUUAAUAUCCUAAAGACACACACACACACACAUACUGAGCAGGGCUGCAGCUCCCUGCAAUACUACCAUGAGAGAGGAGCGGGAGAGGAGCGGCUCUAAAUAUCCUCCUAAUGUUAAAGGCAUCUGCUGCGUCCCAAAGGUCUUAAAACGAUUUCCCCUCUCUGCACUGCCUUCUUGACUCCUGCAUUCUGCAGCAUUUUGGCAUACCGCAAAAAUGAAAGGGAAAAAAAAAACAUAAAGAACGGUUGAAAGGCAAUCAUAACAAGGUGUAAGUUUAGCAUUCGCAGCAAUUACCUUUUCACUUCUCUGCGGGGGACGGGGUGAAAAGCAGGCCUUUUAAAAAGCACCCUGUGUGUCAGACGUGAAAGCAUCUACUCUAAGAUUGAUCCUGGUUCUGAACAAUUUUCCUCCCGAUAGGAGGGGGAGGUGGGAUACAGUGGAAAUACAGGAGGGGGUUUUAGAAACAGUGAAGAUGACUUGGUAGGGCAAAUAAGUCCCAAAGUAGUCUCUCCUUCCUCAGACAGUAUUUGUUUUCGGUUUAUCUCUUUGCAUAUGACAUUACUGUUGUUGCAACUUUCGCACAAGUAAUCCUUUUUGAAAGGUUGAUUUUGUAUUUUUAUGAACUACAACAUUUGUUUGUUAUACUGUAUUUAUCAAUGUAUUGUAUAUAUUUAAGUGCACACUCUAUUUUUGUACGUGCCUCGGACUGGAAUGUGAAGUUCGGUCCAAACCUGCUGCUCUAACGUGACAGUCGAGCAGAUUCAGAACAUGUAGCCUUAUGAACAACUAAAAAACAUGUUUUAAGUCAAUUUAAACACACGCACACACACACGCUCUCUCCAAGGCCAUGUCCACACAUAUACAGAUAAUUUUAAAGCAGAUAUUUUCCUCCUCUGUUAAAACACAAAUCUGUCCACAUGACCUUCAUUUUAGAAUAUCUUCAUACGCACUACAAUGCAGAAACGACUGGAAACGCUUGCCGUCGUAAGUUGUCCUCUACAGUCUUCUUCUGUUGCGAAUAUAGUGAAGUGCACGGAGUUACGGUUACCUUUCUCACAACAACUGGUGAGCUCAUUACCGUUGAUUCCCCUACGAUAUAAGGAGCAAGGAACUCACUCAACAAUAGGAGUGAUGCUUUGGACAUGCGGAAGUUUUCCUUCCACUCCUCAUCAACAACCCUCCCAAUCUAGAAAUUGUCCCACCUUCUGUUGGUUUGAGCAGGCCUGAUGAGCAAAAACCAGAAUUUCUGGCGGACCAGAUAACUUUGGGUACAGCAGACAGCUCUGUCUGACGAGUCCGUCAAGUGGUGCAGCAGGUCUAAGUUUAAAGGAACAGUGUGUAAGAUAUGGGGGGAUUAAGUGGCAUCUUAUGAUGAGAACUGGGAACAGCAACAAGCUGAAACUUAUUUUACUAUACAUUGUUCAGGAGGUUUUUGCCAGGAGCUGACUUAUCUGCUCUCUGUCUCCACAACAAACAGACAUGGGGUCUCAUCUAUAAACACUGCGUACCCACAAAACAUUGCCUGAAAGAGGCAUACGCCACUUUUGACGCAAAAGUUGUGAUUUAUAAAAACAGACUUGAUGGGAGGAACGUUGGCUCACGCUUACAAACAUUCUGGAGAUGGGAAAUUAGAGAUGCAGAUAAUGAGGUGGAAGCCUGAUUGUAGAAAUUGUCAAAUAUUUUUUGACACAUGCCAUUUUUUUGGCUUUUGUCCAUACCUACAUUUUGGAUGUAUGGAUCCUACGCAUUGUUUUAUCAAUGAAAGCCCUGGUGAUUUAAACCGGUCUAGCCCAGCACCUGCUAAUCUGUGCUAACCUUUUUUCUAUGAAAGCAGCUCAUUCUAAGGUAAUAAAAAACGACAGUUCUUAUGUUCAGGUGAUUAUACACCCAAGAAAACAUACUUAUUAUAUUAUGUUAUAUUUAUGCCAAUAUAUCCCCCUAAAUCCUACACUCUGGACCUUUAAAUGUAGUCAUUAGACCAAGCGGUGCUGAUACAGCGUAAACAAAACUAUAGUCCACAUUGUUGUAAUUGUUUGUGUCAACACAUUCUCACUCCAACCUCGUCACAUAUUGACGUUUUGGUCAUGGACUUUUCAC